ACCCCUAAAUCGUAUGUAGCUUGUGUUGUGCUUCAGCGAAAUAGCAACAACAGGAGAGAGCUACAGUUGAAAUUCCAUAAAACCAGACACCCAACCUAUAAACCCUCCCAAUAAAAACCCACUCACAUCCUAAUCCUUCUCCUUGCUUACUUUCUUCAAAAUCUUAUUAUCAAUUUAAAUGGCUACUCAUACUUUAUCAUUUCUCCCAAUUUCCCUCCCUGCUUCCCAAAUUUCCACCCAAAAACCUCACCAUUCAUCUCUACUGCUCCCACUCAGCACCUUCCACGGCAACAAAUUAUUUACCAAACAAUCCAUUUUCGCCAAUAUCAUCCUCAAGUCCCAUGGCUCCACACUUUCCACGGUCUUAUCAAGUCUCCCUACCAAGAAAUAUCCGUCAGGGAAGAUGCCAAAAUGGUCUGCAAGGGCGAUUAGAUCAUUUGGUUUGGGAGAAUUGGAGGCCAGGAAGCUCAAGUAUCCGAAUACCGGAACUGAAGCUAUUCUAAUGGGGAUUUUAAUUGAGGGAACAAGUCCGGCCGCGAAGUUCCUAAGGGCUAAUGGGAUCACUUUUUUCAAGGUUCGAGAAGAAAUUGUAAACCUACUUGGGAAAUCUGACUUGUAUUUCUUUAGCCCUGAGCAUCCCCCGUUGACUGAACAGGCUCAGAGAGCCCUUGAUUGGGCUGUUGACGAGAAUCUAAAAUCAGGCGAGGAUGGAGAAAUAACCACAACUCACAUACUUUUAGGGCUUUGGUCAGAAGUAGAAUCUGCAGGCCACAAGGUUCUGGAAACUCUAGGUUUCAAUAACGAAAAAGCUAAAGAGCUCAUGGAAUCCAUGAAUGGGGAGGUUGUCUUAAGCUCUAGGUAGGGAGGUUCGUACAUUUUUCCGGAUAGCAUCUAGUUUCCUGACCCAAAACCUACCCGCAACAUCUUUCGAAAGAUGGAUGCUUAUUGGCGGAGAAAGUUCACCGUUAAGGAACUUGUUCCUUAUUGGCUUUAUUUCAAAUUCAGAAGGCUAAUGCUUCCUCAGCUAGAGAUAAUCAAAAUUCUCCUCUCUCUAUACAAGGAAAUGAGAAAUCCAUAUCCUCACUCUAUUUCUGUAACGGUGAAACUUUUCUUGCUGAUUCAGUGUGAUUUUUUUGGCUA